GCCAGCCAGCCAGCCAGCAUUCUACCUUACUCAUGACUUUAUCUGCAACGACGCGUUUUGCUGCCGAAAAGACUCUUUACUAAAUCACUUCUCUCAUGUCUCCUCAUCGCAGAAACUUGUCGUGUCUGCUCCCUCGGUUUGGGAAUGGAUGAGGGGAUAGCGACGCGAUGGCACUUUCUACUUCCCCUUCAUCUCCUCUCAAGAAGCUCGUGCACGUCCUCUGGGGCGACUGGCAAGCAAACCAACUAUGGCAGCGCAUAUUCAAGGCAUCCCUCGCGUGCACAAUCGCCGUCUCCAUUGCGGUGAUUCCCAAGGUAGUGGAGGUUUAUGGGCUCAACACCUACCUGAUCCCGAUGACGGUCGUCUUUGCCCAUCCGGGCCAGCGCAUGGCGAUGAUGAUUGAGUCCUUGGCUCUGCUCCUGAUUGGAGCGACGCUCGGCCUCGGCUGGGCGCUUCUUGGUCUUUAUCUGUCGACAUUAGUGACCGAGCAGGAUGCGGCUGCUGGGUCCACGAUACGUGCCUUAUUCUGGCUGGUAGCCACGUUCAUACAUGGUUUCGUUCGGUCUGCGAAACCUCGCCUUUUCGUUCCCAUGUGGUUUCUAAUGAUUGCUGCCGGUACAAUAUUACUAGGCAGCAGUACCGAGGUCACCUUGAGAUCAUUCACAAGCAUCAUGUACCCAAUCCUGACUAGUGGAGGCAUUGUGCUUAUUGUCAAUAUCGCCAUUUUCCCGGAGCUUUCCACAAGCUUUCUGGGCAAGUCGACACUGGAAACGCUAUGGGAAACCCUGGACACUGUAGAGCGCGCGACACAUUGGUUCAUCACGACGGGGGGAGACUCGCCCGAGGCGAAGCAAAGGCAGUCUGGCGCAUCCAGAGCCUCUGCCAACAAGGCAAAACGAACGUGGUGGAUGGACUUUUUGGCCGAUUUUCCAAACCCAUUCCACGCCGGCGGCAAACAGACGACCCCCAGGAAAGCAAUCAACUUGACGACCUUCGUCGAACUGUCCUCGAAGAAGCCUGGUCUGCGAGCAGCGCUUGCCAGAUGUAAAAUGGCCCAGGAUGAAGUCAACUUUGAGUUCUCUGUCUCACCACUCUCGCCCAAAGCUUUGAAGCCCAUCAGCAAGCACGGCGCAUCGGGGCUGGUCCAGAACGUGGUGACGCUCAUAAAUGCUUGCGAGAACAAGUACGUAAUGUUGAGCGCAGCUACCGACGUGGAAUCCUCGCGCCAAUCAAGCAAGCCACCGUUCAGCAAAGGUGCGCCGCCUGGAUCCCAGGCUCUGCACCAGCUUCCAGAAGAUGACAUGCAAGAUGAGGAGGAUCACUUGGUUUCGAUAGACGACGUGAAGCCUCUCCGGGAAAUCACAACCGCCAGUGUGCAGAAACUCGAAACUGUCUUGCAGCGUCUGCGUGAGCCAGUGUCAACUUUCGGUGAGGAAUUCCGCAAAGCCGUUCUGCUGCUCAUGGCCAGCAUUGCAUAUUGCUAUGACGUUCCGACGCUUCCCUCUGGACUGCACAGGCCGGAUGGCAUUCAGGUGGAGGAGGUAGAUCUUCACCUGGAUGCCUUCCUCGACGCCAUCAGAAAAUUCGACGAGCGGUCCACUCGAGAGCUGAAGCUGGCUUGCCUGCUGGAGACAGGACAAGGUGUGGACAUUGCACCUCGCAUGGAGAUGUUCCUCGUUUCGUCCUUCAUCCUUGGUCUCAGACAAUCCGCAUUGCAGGUGCUGCAGAUGCUCCACAAGGCACGGGAGCUCGUAGACGAACGCAGAAAGCGCAAUGACCGGCCACGUCUCUGGGUUCCCCAUUAUGCAGACAUUGGAAAGUGGCUGUCUACGACAAGCGAGUCUGAUGUCAUGAUCUUGCCGAACAAAGCUCGAAAGAAGACCUCUGGGGGCAAGAAGAAGAAGAAGAAGCAAUCAUCUCCAGACACUUCAGACAGCUGCGUCUCCACUGUCCCCUCACCACAAGACGAGGAACAAGGACUCGGAUCGGAUGGGCGCAGGCGACCUGGCCAGAGUGCGCACAGAGCCCAGGCCAAGGCGACACCCACCCAAACACCGCAACAAGGGACAAUUUGGGGCAGAGUCAGAGAAAACCUCGCUGACAUCUUGGAAUGGGCUCAGCAAUCCGAUGACCUUGCGUAUGCUUUGAGGUUCACACUGGCCGUGAUGAUUGUCAGCUGGCCAUCGUUCGUGUCAUCCUGGAGGCAAUGGUACGGCAGUGUUCGCGGUAUAUGGGCACCCAUUCAAUUAGUCCUGGCGUUUGAGGUGUCCAUCGGAACCUCCAUCUUCGUCUUUCUCGUGCGGCUCACUGGGGUCAUCUUUGGCUGCGUCUUGGGCUUCGCCUCGUACGAGAUUGGCGGCGGUAAUCGUGUAGCCAUGGUGGCUAUUCUCAUGCUAGGUAUCAUAUUCUCGUUCUACGUCCAGGUCGGCACAAAAUACGUCAAGGCGGGUAUGGUUGCGACGACCUCAAUGUGUGUCGUCGCGACAGCUGCCAUUAGCCAGCCCCAGUCUGCGGUCGAGACUUUUGAAUAUCGACUGGUCGCCUUUCUCGUCGGUGCUUUAGUCGGCCUUGCUGUGGAGGUCUUCGUCUUUCCGGUGCGAGCGCGCCAUCGCCUUGUGGAUUCACUUUCAGCAGCUGUUCGUCACGUACAGAGCAUGCACUCGGUUAUUCAAGUCGGGAUCAGCAGCCCGUCACGGCCCAACUUCCGCUCCCAAAAGCUAAACCGUGCCUUUUCUCGCGCGAGGAACAAGGCGCAGGCGUCUCUAGAUGCAGCUGGAGCCUUCCUCCCGUUUUGCCUAAGCGAGCCUCGACUCAAGGGCAGCUUCAAGCCAUUUGAGCCCAUUUACCAGGAGAUCAUCUACGUAUUGCACCAGAUUAUUGAUCGGCUGGAUACGGUGGUUGACAUUCGGAAAGCGUACGGCUCGUCGAUGCUGGAAGACCUGCAUGCCCAGGUCUACGCAUACCGGCGUAAUGCGGCAGCCGCCAACAACUUGAUGCUAUUCUCCGUUCACGAGGCCAUGACCACCUGGCUUCCCCUGCCACAAUUCUUGCCGUCUCCCCGCAUUGCGCAGUUGCGACUUGUCAGCCGUGUGCGCGAGGUUGUGGAGGAAAAGAUAGCCAAAGGAGAAACUCCUUCGGGCUCUGGCAAAGAUGAACAAGGCUCCGAGAACGCAGCCUCCUUCGUGACGCAACGCAAGUUCCUUGCCUGGAACGCAAAUGCUGCAGGGCUCAUGGAGAUUGUCGAGUAUCUCGAGGAACUCGUCGAGUUGACCAAGAUCCUGGUAGGCGUCAAUGCUUUCCGCAGUGGCCUAUUCGAGAGGUCGCAAUACAGCGACUACGUGGAGCAAGUCCGUACCAAGCGACAACCGGGGAGGACCACCACGGCUACAGACGAACGGGCUCCGUCAUCGGCAGCUGGUGAUACCACAGACAGCAUGGCCAGAGUGACCAGUGUUGCAGCGUCCGUGCAAAGGUUCAGACGAGCGCUGAGUGUUAACAGGGGACCACCUCAAGUCGCCCCCGAGGAAGCCAUUGCGGAUGACGAUGAUGAUGAUGCGCUGCCGGCAAGCUUGCGCAGGGUGGGAUCAAGAGUGCAGCGGCAAAGCAAUGUUGCCCGGAGGCGAGGCUUCAGCGCAUCAACUGAUUGAAUUGAGUAUCACCACUGCGUUUGCAAGAUCAUGAUAGUAUACCAUUAUGACUGGACAUUAUUACCUUGUCGUCUCUGCAUCUUUGAUCCAACAUGUUCAACUAAUACACAACACGAAAAGGCGCAAAAGAAUAAAGGCCACAGCUUUCCUUAGAGAGGCAACAGGAUCAAAAAUGCAAAAGG